AUGGAACCCAACAGGGCCGAAGAGCACCAAGCUGGUCGCCGGGCUCGUGAAGUAUAUCGCUACUUCCGACCAGAGCGACUGGAGACUAUUCAAGAGAAUACCUCGUCACCGGCCGAGCCAGCCUCUUUACUGAAGCCACCAGGCUCCAAUAAUUCCACCCCCGCGGAGCACUUUUCGUCCCCCGGGAAUAUGCCACAGGCGUCGGAACACCCCACCUGGGCGCCGCUACAGCCCAUGCCCGAAUCGUUGAUUCUUGGCGACGCGAACGAGACAUUGAAUUCUCUUGCACAAUUAGCCGCUCUACGUCUUAAUGUGGAUCGCGUGUUUAUUAGUGUCUCGGACCGAGAUUCACAAUUUAUAAUUGCGCAAGCUUCCCAGACCAAAAAUGGAGAUGGUGGUUAUGAUCCCAUAGGAAAUGCAGUCAAUACAGGCUGUUACACUCUCGACGUGAGCGCCUGGAAUAUGUGCAAAGCAAUGUCUUUUCUUUGCUACCAACAGGAUACUGUCGCACUACACCAAUCCAAUCGGGAGAAAGGAGAAUACAACUUUCUAGUUUGCAACGAUCUGAGUCAGGAUGGGCGGUACAAAGAUCUUCCUUUCGUUGUAGGGGAGCCCGGCUUCCGGUUCUAUGCUGGCACGCCUCUUACUACGGAAAGUAAUGUCAACAUUGGUUGCUUUUUUGCUCUCGACACAAAAUCUCAUGACGAGUUCAGCUAUAUCGAGAAGGAAACGAUGGGUUAUAUGGGAAUGCUCAUCAUGGACUUUUUGAAAGUUAGUCGCCAGGCCUCAGACGGUCGCCACGCUGCGAGGUUAUCGCGCGGCAUCAAUCUUUUUGUCGAGGGCCAUUCCUCCUUUGAGAAGACUUCAUCACGGCCUGUCUCGGGUAACUUUGGCUCCCAGCCAGGACAUCCCGGGAUUUCAACCUCAGUAUCACGGUCUCCAUCUACGUCUACGCAACAUUCACGCGAUGAUUUUUCUAGCCGUUCGCGCUCACGCAGUGUACGAUCAUCGACCUCGACAGCUGACAGCGUUGAUGAGCGGGCUAUCCCAUCCAGCCUUGACUCUUACAUGGCCGAGCGGUUGACAAAUAUAUCAAGCGGUACCCGGGGACUUCCAGCAAAGUCGUGGACUUUUCGUCGAGCCGCAAACCUCAUCCGAGAGAGUCUAGAACUUGAGGAGAAGAGUGGUGUGAUCUUUCUCGAAGCUGGUGGAGACCUUGCUGCAGAUAUUGGAACCGACAGUGACACGUCUAAUUCGUGCGCAUCGGAGAGUUCCAGGCCUGCCUCGGUUGUGGCACUAUCUACCCCCGAAACUGCGUUUGGCCCAGAUUCUACCUCGCACAAGCCUCUCCCAGUCAUGAAGUUGGACGAGGAAUAUCUCCGAGGUCUGUUAAAACGACAUAAAAGAGGACAUAUUUGGAAUUUUCACCGAGAUGGGCAACUGUCCAGUUCGGAUGGUGAAGAUUACUUUCAACAAAGCCACACACGCGGCCGAGCGAGAAGUUCUACCGAUCUCUCCAGGUCACGGAGGAGGACCAAAGCGAAAGAUAACUCUCUGCUUAAUCGAUAUUUCCCCGGGGCUACUCAGGUCUUGUUUGUGCCCCUGUGGAAUGCUGCCAAUUCGCAGUGGUUUGGCGGCUUUUUCUGCUGGACCAAUGUGGAACAUAAGGUGUUCAGUCCGUCGAUAGAGCUGAGCUCUUUGCUCAGCUUUGGAUCUUCGAUCAUGGCCGAGUGCAGCCGCAUUGAAACUGUGAUCUCGGAUCAACAAAAAGAUGAUUUCCUGGGCAGUAUUUCGCAUGAACUGCGCAGUCCACUUCAUGGUGUCCUAGCAGCCACUGAAAUGCUCAAAGACACGAAUUUAGACCAGUAUCAGAAUUCGCUCAUAGAGACCGUUGAUGCCUGCGGCCGAACAUUGCUUGAUACCAUGAAUCAAGUCCUCGACUUCAGCAAGAUCAUGUCUCUAGAACGAAAGUCACGUCGGCGGAGGCGAUGCAAGGCUUUGCCUCAAGACCUUGACAGAUCACAUCUUUCUGCUGCACAUCUCGAUCUGUACAAACCCACCGACCUCUCCGUGGUUGCAGAGGAAGUGGUGGAGGGCGUUUUCCUGGGACAUAUGCACAAUCAACGAUCAACUGCGUCUCUGGACCUUCUAGGUACUUCGCUUGUCGCGCCGGAGUUUCCAGAAGAUCUUCACGCUGUGAAGCCCAACGUCAAGGUGAUUCUGGAUAUCGCACCUACAGAAUGGAUCUAUCACGCCCCUCCCGGGGCUGUGCGCCGCAUUAUUAUGAAUUUGUUCAGCAAUGCGCUGAAAUAUACACCGGCCGGCCAAGUUCGCCUACGGUUGGAGGCGGAAGAGAAACCCGAGACCUCAUCAAAGCGCCCAGCAAAUAGAGAGCGAACUAAGGAGCGAAAUGUCAUCCUAACAGUUUCUGACACUGGAAAGGGCAUUUCGGAGGAAUUCUUGCGUGGGAAGUUGUUCACUCCGUUUGCGCAAGAAGACAGUCUUGCUGUGGGCUCUGGUCUUGGCCUGUCUAUCGUUCGCAGCCUCAUUCAGUCACUGGGCGGUAGUAUCGAUAUCAAGAGUUGCCUCGGCGAGGGCACAACUGUGAGAGUAUCACUCCCGCUCACGCGCUUGGAGCAGAAUGGUGAUGAGUUUGGGUUGGAUCUCGUUCCGGGUCGCGCCCAAUUGUCGAGACAGAUCUCCACUCUACAGGGCCAUGAAGGCCGGACGGUUGCCAUACUCGGAGUGGAUCCAGGUGAUGCACCGAGCGAUCCGAAAUGGGCCGAUCUAUCUCGUUAUAUUACGGAUUGGUAUGGUCUCAGGUUGGUUUCCAUGUCUGCUUCCGAACCGAUCGACCUCAUCGUGGCCGAUGAAUUGCCGAGCGAGACUGCGAUCAGCCAAAGCUCUGCUACCAUGAAGACAGCCUUGCUCGUGGUGAGCGAUCAAUAUGUUGGUCGUGAAUCUGUUCCAGUCCAAUGGCUGGGAGGUACCAAAUCCGCCAACAUGAUCAAUCGCCCAUGCGGCCCUCAUAAGCUCCGACGAUAUAUCUCCAAGUGUCUGGAUGAAGCGUCGUCGUUGCCACUGCCGUCCGAGACCAACGAAAUUGUUCUACCGGAACAGCCUGGUCCAUUCUCCACGAGGGCAAUAGUAGCGAGUCUUCACUCUGCAAAGAAACCACCAGCAAACGGAGAUAUCGACAGGAAGAGAGCCCGUUCUUUCACUCUUCCGGCUGAACUCGUCCCUAAGCCUUUCAUGGAACCAAUGACUGAAAAACGCGACGCCCGAAUCUUAGUUGUGGAAGACAACAAGAUCAAUCUCAACCUGAUGCUGGCAUAUUUGAAAAAGAGACAGCUGGCAACCUUGGAUUCUGCUGAAAAUGGCUGUCUGGCGGUUGAAGCCGUCAAGAAACAAGAUGAUGACAACUACGAUAUCAUCUUUAUGGACAUCUCAAUGCCGGAAAUGGACGGGUUUGAAGCAGCCCGGGCGAUUCGUGCAUUGGAGAAAGAGCGUAGCCCGGGCUCUACGCCGGCCAUUAUCAUUGCGCUCACGGGUCUCAGCAGCUCAGAAGAUGAAUCCAAAGCCCUUGAAUCGGGGAUGGACAUGUUUUUGACAAAGCCCGUCUCUUUUAAGAAUGUCGGGAAGUUACUGAAGGAGUGGACGGACAGACAGGACGAAGGGAAUAGUGAUUCCUCGGCAUAA